AAAUUAUGUUAACUUCGUCUAUUGUGAGUGUUGAUUCUAGCAAAGUAUACAAACCUAAGUCAAGUCAAGUUGGGAUGUUAUCUACAGCAAUUAGCAAACUAGGUGAUUCUAGUUUUGUUUCAAGAAGCAAAGAGUCUACAAACAUGUCUCCUCUUAGAAUGAGAUUAUUUAGAGAUUCCUCUCCAAAAUAAACCAAAGGUUUACAAGGAGUAGUUGUUGGAGAAUAUCAGUAAGAUCAUUAUAUAAAUAAUUUAAGCCCUUUAACGCCCACUCAUAUAGUGUUUAGCAGUAUUCAUAAAAGCACAUCUCCUUUGAGAUCUAGUAGAAACUACAAUGAAUCUCCAUCAAGAGCAAAGGUAAGAAUAGAUAGAUUUAAAAAUUGGGAUUCGAAGUUAGGACUAGAACUCCAAAUAUAAAAUACCAAAUUUACACGUCUUAAUAAUGAAUUGACUUAUUUAAGUCAUUAACCUCAUCAUUAAACCACAAAGUCAGCUAUUUUCUUGGGCAGUAAUUUAAGUAGAUUAGGUGUUAGUGGAAAUUAAAGUGAUAUCAGACUUUUAACAGCUAAGUUGAAUGCUAUUCCACCCUCAUAAUUUGGAACCUUUACUUCAGGGUAAUAAAUAUUAUAUUAUAAUAAUAGUCAUUCUCAUGAAUUAUCUUCAUUACAAUAAUCAUUAAGUAGAAUCAUGAAAUCGAGCCGACAGUAUUGAACAAAAUUGAUUAAUAUAUUAUAUUAAAAUAAUAUA